CAUGUACAGUGUCAUUAAAACAAUUCAAAUAAUAAAUAUAUACAUUUUAAUGUUAGUUCUGAAUAAUUUCACAUCGCGGCAUGUUCAAUUGACGCGCGUCUGUCGUUUAGUUCGCAUCGUGUUGCUGUCGGUUACUCGUCUGUGAUAAAGUUGACAAUUUUUUUUGUUUUUGUGAAAAAUAGAUUUUUUAAAAUUAAGUGUCAUUUAAUGAACGCUGGUAAAAAAUAUAAGGAUGCAAUGAGCGACGAAAGCAGUGGCAGUGACUUCGACGACGAUGAAGAUCCCGACAAGAUCGAAGUCCCUGGCGGAGGGAAAGACCUCGCCACCGCCGCUGGAAUCGCGAGCAUAAAGGAAGAAAAUGAGUCCAUCCCAGCUGAUACUGCUGUCAAAACUGCACCGAUCAUAAAAGGAGGUAAAAUUCCAGAAGGUUUGGUGACCAAAGCACCGACUCCCGGCUAUGAAAUGGUUCGUGUCGGUGGUUCCCAAGGUAACCCUCAAAAUUUUCCUAAUGCCAAUAUGAUGAACCAGAUGAAUCAGUUUGGAAAUACUGGGCCCUACGGACAGUUUCCUCCUAAUCUUGGACAAUUUCCUGGAUUCAAUCCAGCUUCUCUUCUUCAAAAUAUGGAUAUGGGAAAUUUGAUGGGAACCUUCAUGGGAAUGGCGGGUAUGGGUGGCAUGGGCGGUGUCAAUCCAUUUUUGCAGUUGUUGAACCAAGGAGGUUUCAACCCGAAUUGGGCUGCUGGUCUUCCAGGAAAAGCUGUCCAGCAAAUGUGGAUGAAUGCUAUGGACCCAUCAAAAAUGAUGCAACCGACGAUUCCUGAAGAUGAAGAGGCUGAUGAUGAUGAGAUGGGCGUCGCUGAAACUUACGCCGACUACAUGCCGACGAAAUUAAAACUCGGGCGUAAACAUCCUGACCCAGUUGUCGAAACUGCAUCGCUGUCAAGUGUGGAACCUACUGAUGUUUGGUACAAAAUAUCCAUUCCAGAAGAAACAAUUAAAUCAGGCGCGCUUUCUGCGUUGCAACUCGAGUCAAUUACUUAUGCGUCACAGCAGCACGAACAUCUACUUCCUGAUGGGACACGCGCUGGUUUUCUUAUCGGUGACGGAGCUGGUGUAGGUAAAGGUCGUACGAUUGCCGGUAUUAUAUUUGAAAAUUAUCUAAAAGGUCGUAAACGUGCCAUUUGGGUCUCGGUGUCAAAUGAUCUCAAGUACGACGCCGAGCGUGAUUUGAAAGAUAUUGGGGCCGGUAAAAUAGACGUCCACCCAUUAAAUAAAUUUAAAUAUGCUAAAAUAUCAUCAGCGGUUAACGGUAAUGUCAAGAAAGGUGUUAUAUUUAGUACAUAUUCAGCAUUAAUCGGUGAAUCUUCACAAAGCGGAGGCGCAAAGUACAAAAGUCGACUCAAGCAAUUACUCCAAUGGUGUGGAGAUGAUUUCGAUGGACUAAUAAUUUUUGACGAGUGUCAUCGAGCUAAAAAUUUGUGUCCAACUGGUAGUUCAAAGCCAACAAAGACAGGUCUGACGGUACUGGAGUUACAAACUAAAUUACCGAAAGCACGAGUCGUGUAUGCCAGUGCUACUGGAGCAUCAGAGCCGCGAAAUAUGGCGUACAUGGUACGGCUGGGUAUGUGGGGCGAAGGAACACCCUUUGCCGAAUUCAAUGACUUCAUAGCAGCUGUUGAAAAACGUGGUGUUGGUGCUAUGGAAAUAGUUGCGAUGGACAUGAAGCUGCGAGGGAUGUACAUUGCGCGGCAAUUGAGUUUUCAUGGUGUGGCAUUCAAAAUUGAAGAGGUUCCUCUGUCUGAAGAAUUCACGGAUGUCUAUGAUUCUUCAGUGAGACUAUGGGUGGACGCUAUGCAAAGGUUUCAUGAGGCUGCAGAGCUUAUAGAUGCUGAAAAUAGAAUGAAGAAAACAAUGUGGGGUCAGUUUUGGUCCUCGCAUCAGAGAUUUUUUAAGUACCUAUGUAUUGCUGCUAAAGUAAAACAUGCUGUCGCUGUGUCACGAGAAGCUGUAAAAUGUGGAAAAUGUGUCGUCAUUGGUCUUCAGUCAACUGGCGAAGCCAGAACACUAGAACAACUCGAACGUGAUGAUGGAGAAUUAAGUGACUUUGUGUCUACAGCCAAAGGUGUGCUGCAGACACUAGUGGAGAAACAUUUUCCAGCACCAGAUCGUAACAGGAUUCAGCGGCUUCUUGGUCUUGAGCCUCCUAAACCAACAGUACCAGUAGUAACAGUUGAGGAUGAAGCUCCGGUUACUGUUGCCAGUGGCAGUAAGAGAAAACCUGUAAGACAAGCAGCACAAAGGGCUACAAAAAAAGUACGCGCGUGGGAGGAAUCCGAGGAGUCUAUAUCUGAUGAAGAAAAAAACGGUGGUCACAGUUCCGGGUCGGAAUUUAAAAUAAGUGGAUCUGACAGUGAAGAGGAGGCGAAUCGGUCAGAUCCUGAGAGUAAUGUCAGUUCAGAUUUCAAUCCAUUUUACAGUGAUAGUGAUUCUGACGCUGAUCCCUGGGACAGGCGAAAAAAACGAGGAAGAAAACCGAAAAAACCAGUGAAGAAAAGACUUACUACCCAAGAUAAAAUACAGUCAAUGUUGACACUGAAAACUCAGAAUUCACAGCGCAACAAUAAGAAGAAUGGAGAUAAUGGUGGACAAACAGUGGGUAUUAAUGCUGCUGGACGACCUACAAUGGUCGGAGCACCGCCACGAGAUGCAAUUGAACGCGCGUGUUGUAUGAAAGAAGAACUAUUGGCGCAAAUUGAAAAAUUAGGUGAAAAACUUCCUCCCAAUACACUCGAUCAGCUCAUUGACGAACUCGGCGGCCCGGAAAACGUCGCCGAGAUGACUGGAAGAAAGGGCCGAGUUGUACAGACUGAAGACGGACAGAUUCAGUAUGAAUCGCGAUCUGAAGUUGAUGUUCCUCUGGAGACUCUCAAUCUUACUGAGAAGCAGCGAUUUAUGGAUGGGGAAAAAACAGUGGCUAUUAUAUCUGAAGCUGCUAGCAGUGGUAUUUCUCUGCAAAGUGAUCGUCGUGCCCGCAAUCAAAUGCGACGUGUUCACAUAACUCUCGAGCUUCCCUGGAGUGCUGAUCGUGCAAUCCAACAAUUCGGACGUACCCAUCGUUCUAAUCAAGUCAACGCACCCGAGUAUAUUUUCCUUAUUUCAGAUUUAGCUGGUGAAAGACGAUUUGCAUCGACAGUCGCGAAACGUCUUGAAAGUCUGGGUGCGCUUACUCACGGCGAUCGUCGUGCCACAGAAACGAGAGAUUUAUCACAAUUUAAUAUUGACAACAAAUAUGGACGUUCUGCUUUAGAGGCUACCAUGAAAACAAUCAUGGGUUAUGAAGCUCCACUCGUACCACCACCACAAGACUACCGCGGAGAUUUUUUCAAAGAUGUAGCAGAUGCUCUAGUGGGUGUUGGAUUAAUUUGCAAUAGCGAAAAUAUGCCAGGUGUUCUUUCACUUGACAAGGACUAUAAUAAUAUUUCAAAGUUUUUAAAUCGAAUAUUGGGAAUGCCUGUCGAUUUACAGAACCGUUUAUUCCAAUAUUUUACUGAUACAUUAAAUGCGAUUAUUACGCAAGCCAAGAAGACGGGUCGCUUUGACAUGGGAAUCCUGGAUCUUGGCGCUUCUGGUGAAAAUGUUAAGCGUGUUAAAUUAUACCGGUUUUUAAGAAAACACACAACGGGUACGGCACCAACAGAACUGCAUGUAGUACAUGUGGAACGCGGUAUGAGUUGGACAGAGGCUAAGGAACGAUGGUCUGAAUUGACUGGCUCCAAGGAAGGCUUCUACUUGAGUCACCAAAUAAGAAACGGAAAACAGACGGCCAUUCUUGCAGUUGCUGUUGACAAUGGGAAGAAAAAAACUGAGAAGAAAGAUCAACUUUAUAUGGUCUAUCGACCGAACACUGGACUGCAAUUAAGACAAGAGAGUCUGGGUGAACUUGAGAAGAAAUACAAGAAAGUUAAGUUGGAAGAAGCUGAGCCGCAUUGGACGCAGCAGUAUGACGCUUCAGUGGACACUUGUUCUCAUGCUUACUGGCGGGGAAAUUGUAAAAAUGUGACUCUUGGAAUGGACUGUGAAGUUGGUCUUCGACGGAGGUCUUACAAUGUCCUUGCCGGUUCUGUUUUGAGUGUCUGGAGUCGUGUUGAGAGCACUCUUGCCGCACGAUCUGGACAGAACUCAAAAAUGCAAGUAUUGCGUUUACGAACCGAUGAUGGGUUAAAAAUUGUCGGCACGUUAAUUCCAAAAUCAUGUUUGGAUCCAUUAGUAGAAGCUCUGUCUGCUGAUGCUGAAAAAACCGAAGAGCAAGUUUUUUGAACAUCCUCUUGUCUAAACAAUAGUGAGGGAUCAAAAAAGACUGCCGAGCACGUGAUAUUGGCAGGAAAUAAUGCGUUGGAAUCUGUUAUUCAGGCGCCGUUUAAACAAAUAAAUAAACCAGCUGGAAAACGUUUGAAAUACACAGUAUUGGGUCGUAUAUUUAGUGCAAUUUCCCAGUUAAUAAAAUACAUUAAUGGAUUUACCACUGAAUGUGCGGCACAGUCAAACUGUCUGCACAAUAAAAAUAAAUAAAAAGUUAUACCUAAAAAAAUGAAACAAAAAUUUUAAAAAAUAAAUAAAACUCCCGCGAUUAUCGCUUUCAAAACAGCAACAUCGCGCGUUGCUUAUCGUGAUAGAAUUUAAGUAGUUAGUCGCCUUGUUUAUUACUUUUCUUUGUUUGUUAUUAUUGUUUAUUUUUUUUUUUUUUUUUUUUUUUUUUUUAAUUUUUUAUUAAGAACACGACGCUCACACUAGCGCGCGCGAUUGAUAUCAAUCUCUCCCAAUAAAUUACACACGCCUAAUUUGCUAAUUGUUUUUUUUUUUUUUUAAUGCUUGUAUGCGCAGUAAAUUCUGUUUAAUUAUAAAAAAAAAAUUAUUCUUUCGUAUUUAAUUGAAAAAUUUUAAAUAAACAAUUUGACUUUAGUGUAAACAAUAAUCAUUAUUUUUUGUUUUGUUAAAAAAAUAAAAAAUAAUUUUUUUUUUUAUUUUGACUCGAUGAUUCCGAUUUUGGCUGAAUGGUGAUAACAUCAUAAAAGUAUUUCUUCUAUAAUAUAUUAUAUUAAUUUUUGAUUUAAAAAUACAAACAAAUGAAUGAAUUAUAAUAAUUGAUUAAUUAAUUAAUAUGCUAAAUAAUUAUUAUUAUUAAAAAAAAAAUGAUCCACCAAUAAAUAUUAUAACUACAACUUUUAGUGAUUAGAUUCAAUUAUAAACAUGAUAUAUUUAUAUUUAAUAAAAAUAAAUGAAUUAAAGAAA